AUGAAGAAAAAACAAGAUGACUUUUUCGAUGUAAAUCCGGCGGAACAGCACAUCAAGGUCAAUUUCGGAGAGCUGAUAGAUGGUCUGAUCAAGAAUGUGAAUGAGAUGAACACGUUCAACACCUAUUUGACGGAGUUUGCCAACCCAAAGCCACACUCCAUUUUAAACGGCUAUCUAUGA